AUGGCGUGUGGGCAAAGACGUGCAUCCAGCUCCACCACCUCAGGGAGCCGCUCUUACACCCGCCGCUACUGCACACGGGCCCCCACCUCUGAGGUGGACGAAACCCUGUUCGGGAGCUCAAAGCCGGUAUCACCAGGCAAAGGUGGAAACUCAGCCUCCAAGGCCAAGGAUAAAUCUCAGAAGGACCAAGAAGGAGAGACUAUUCAAAUCAUCACCAAAGACCUCAUUCGCAAUCUCAGGAUCCCACAGAAGGAUCCUUCAAGAGAGUCCAUUAUUCUUCCACCAUCUGAGUUUAAGAGGAUCACCUCAACAUCCCAGGUUCUCACCAAGGAGGAGAGGGAGGCCUUGAGGGAAGCUUCUCACAUGAAGAAAGAAGAAGAAAUUAAAGCAGCAGAGGAAAAGAAGCGCCAAAUCUAUGAAGCAGACCUGUCGCGUAAAGAGAACCAUGCCCUGACUGAGCUUGAGCUAGAGGCCCGGGACCGUGCGCAGCGCUUGGUGGAGCACGCCAACAACUUGAGAAUGGAACAAGAGGAAGAGAUCAAACAGCUCAACAAACUGAUUCUAGAUGCUCAGUGCCAAGCCACCCGUGACGCCCAGAUCCAGGAGAAGAAACAGAUCCAGGAGGAGCUGUCACAAGAGGAGAAGCGUCUGGAUGCCAUGAUGGAGGCGGAGCGCCGCAAGGCCUUGGAGACUGUGGAGCAGAUUGAGGAGCUGCGCAAACAGCAGAGGAUCAGUGGAAUGCAGCAAAUCUACGACCAGAUUCGUCAGCAUCAGGAGGAGAAGCAACUGCAAGAUGAGGUGAAAGAGGUGGAGAGACAGCAGAUAAGAGAGAAACAGGAGAGAAUGAACCUGGAAGACCUCCAGGCCCUGGAGAAGAAGAGAGAGGAGCAGAAUCGUCUGCAGGAGGAGGUCAUGCAAAUUAAUGCUGAGACCAUGCGGUCCAAAGAGCAGAGGAGGGAGAAGGAGAAGCUGGAUGACAUGAGAAGCUUGGAAUACAUCCGAAAAAAAAUGGAGCGGGAGGCAGAGUAUGAAGCUGAGCAGAGACGAAUCAAGAAGGAGAAAGAGCUGGACAUAACCAGGCUGAGGGCCCGACAAGAAAAAGCAAAAGACUACAAGGCAAAGCAGGAUGAGCUCCGUGCUCAGAGGAACCAAGAAACUACAGAGAGAGAAUGGAGGAGAAAAGAGAAAGAGCUGGCUGUAAAGAAAGCACAAGAGGAAGCGAUGCUGACUGCGGCUCGCUUGGAGCAGGUUCAGUGCAAAGAGCACUUCCUGUCAAUCGAAGCUGGCCGGGAGAAGGCCGAGUUUGAGAGGGUUCUGAAGGCGCAACAGGAAGCAAUAGUCAAGCAGAUGGAAGAGGAGAAGAAGCAGCAUCAGAAAGCGCUGCAUUACUCAGAAGCCAUCCGACAGCAGGUGAAAGAGAGGGAGCUGUCAGCCAUAGCAAAGCGCAGAGAGGUCUUCAAGGAGGCCGAUCGGCUGAACGAAGAAGCACAGCAGAGACAAAUGCGGCUCGAUAAGAUCAAAGAGAAGAAGCUGAAGGAGCUCAAGGCAACAGGGCUCUCUGAAAAAUACUGCAGUGAAGUGGAAAGGAAGGCGAGGGCCAGCAUACCCUGAGUCAUUACUGGAUUUAAAGAGUGUGAGGCUUUCCAAGGAAUUAAUUUUUAUUUAAUUUUUAAUGUUGCAUAACUUGCUC